GGAUAUUCAAAGCAGCUAACGCCCCUGCAGAACCCGUAUUCGAUCCACUAGGGGCUGUUGAUGUUUACAUCAUGCACAGCCUACUGUGCCGAGACUCAAUCAGCAUUUAACUUCAAUGUUGGUUAUGUCGAUCUAUUCCUGUAUAGUCGGCAAAAGCGCCGAUCCCUCCAGCCAAUUUCCCCAUGGAACAAAUCAGGCCAGCUGCAAGUGGGCUGGACAAAAUCCUCCAUAUUAGUUAUUCCAAUUAAACGAUAUAAUACGGCUACAGACCCCCCUGCACCGAUGAGAAUCAACAACACAGAUUCUACAUGUUCAGCACAAUGACACCCUUAUUAUCGAAAAUAGUCGCGCUAUCGCUUUUCCUCGGUAGAGCCUUGGGCGAACCCUGGCAAGUUAUCAACGCGGAUUUUCCCGACCCUAGCGUCAUCAAGACCGGCGAUGGAUAUUACGCCUUUGCCACUACUGGACACGGCGUCAAUACUCAAAUGGCCCAUUCCGCGGAUUUCAAAACGUGGAACCGCUUGGAUGGCCAAGACGCGCUUCCGGGUCCUUUCCCUAGCUGGGUGAAUGGUAGUCAUCCAAAGGUCUGGGCUCCAGAUGUUAUCCAACGGGAUGACGGAACCUUCGUUAUCUAUUAUUCCGCUGCUACCAGCGGAACUCACAGUAAACACUGCAUUGGCGCCGCAACCUCUAAGUCAGUUACCGGUCCCUACUCGCCGGAGCAAGAUGCACUUGCCUGUGAUAAGAGCAAAGGCGGUGCCAUCGAUGCUGCAGGCUUCAAAGACGACGACGGCACAUACUAUGUUGUCUAUAAGGUUGACGGCAACAGCCUUAACGGGGACAGCGGGUACCACCCCACGCCUAUCAUGCUGCAAAAGCUAAAGUCGGAUGCUGUGACUCCUGAGGGAGACGCUGUGCAAUUGAUCGAUCGCGACGAUGCCGACGGGCCCCUGGUUGAAGCACCUAGUCUCGUGAAGCGUGGUGGCCAGUAUUAUCUGUCGUUCUCCUCAAAUUGGUACAACUCCCUAAAGUAUGACGUUAGCUAUGCCGUCGCGCCGGCCGUAACUGGCCCGUACACCAAGGCAUCAGCUCCAGAUGCACCGCUGCUGGUUUCUGGGGACAGCAGUAACGUCGGACCAUUGGGAGGCCCCGGUGGCUCUGAUUUCCGCGAGGAUGGAAGUGCCAUUGUGUUCCAUGCUUUCAACAAUGGGAAGAAUAUGACCAAGGGUCGUGGGAUGUGGGCAGCUAAUGUCAAGAUUGAUGGAGGAAAGAUCUCCAUCCAGUGAGUGAGGCGGGUAUGGGAAUCAAGAGUCUUGU